CUGUCUGUCUCUCUCUUUGUUGUGAGUACAGGACAGCAAAGUUUGCUGCUCCCCACCAGCCUUGCAGUGUUUGGGCUCAACAUUAGGAAAGCAGCAAAGACAAACUUAGAGAAACUAAGACAAUCUUAGUUCAAACUUCACCUGGAGUCUUUGGUCUCCCUCUCUUCUCAAAUUAAGAAAGAGGGGGACAUUUACCCACCCUUUGCUGCACUCCAAGGGUGCCCCUAUGAAGGCAAUUUGCUGGAUCCUGGCAGGUUUUUACCUGCUUUUCUGCUGCAAGGCAGAAGAGGGACUGAACUUCCCUACUUACGAUGGGAAAGACCGAGUGAUCGACCUGAACGAGAAGAAUUACAAGCAGGCACUGAAGAAGUAUGACAUGCUCUGCCUGCUCUUCCAUGAGCCUGUGAGCUCUGACAAGGUCUCCCAGAAGCAGUUCCAGAUGACAGAGCUGGUCCUGGAGCUGGCAGCACAGGUCCUGGAGCCCAGGAGCAUUGGCUUUGGGAUGGUGGACUCCAAGAAGGAUGCCAAGCUUGCCAAAAAGUUAGGCUUGCUUGAAGAGGGAAGUCUCUAUGUUUUUAAGGACGAGCGGUUGGUUGAAUUUGAUGGAGAACUGUCUGCGGAUGUCUUGGUGGAAUUCCUCUUGGAUCUGCUGGAAGACCCCGUCGAGGUCAUAAACAGCAAGCUGGAGCUGCAGGCCUUUGACCAGAUCGACGACGAGAUCAAACUCAUCGGCUACUUCAAGGGAGAGGACUCAGAGCAUUUCAAGGCAUUUGAAGAAGCUGCUGAACAAUUCCAGCCCUAUGUCAAGUUCUUUGCCACCUUUGACAAAGGGGUUGCCAAGAAGCUUGGCCUAAAGAUGAAUGAGGUGGACUUCUAUGAACCCUUUAUGGAUGAGCCUGUUCACAUCCCUGAUAAGCCUUACUCAGAAGAGGAGCUGGUUGAUUUUGUGAGAGAGCACAGAAGGGCCACCUUGAGGAAGCUGCGCCCGGAGGACAUGUUUGAGACGUGGGAGGAUGACAUGGAGGGUAUCCACAUUGUAGCCUUUGCUGAAGAAGAUGACCCAGAUGGUUUCGAGUUCCUGGAAAUCCUGAAGCAGGUUGCCAGGGACAACACCGAUAAUCCUGACCUGAGCAUUGUCUGGAUUGACCCUGACGACUUUCCUCUGCUCAUCACUUACUGGGAGAAGACCUUCAAGAUCGACCUGUUCAGACCACAGAUCGGGGUGGUGAACGUCACGGACGCUGACAGCGUCUGGAUGGACAUCAGAGAUGAUGACGACCUGCCCACAGCCGAGGAGCUGGAGGACUGGAUAGAGGACGUGCUUUCUGGGAAGAUAAAUACCGAAGACGAUGACGACGACGAGGACGAUGACGACGACGAUGACGACGACGAUGAUGACGACGACGAUGACGAUGACGACGACGAUGAUGACGACGACGAUGACUAACUGUGACUCUGUGCAGUUUGACUUGUGGGGCCCCAGAGCCCUGGCCCUGCGGCAGGUCCCUCCAUCGGAAGACCUGUGUUUGAGCAUCAGCAAGCACCGCUGCUCCUCCUUCCCCCGGCCCCGCUCCCCCUGCCCUCGCCCUUGCCGGGACCCCCUUGCCUGAUUCCCAGCGGUGCUGAGCCACCGGGACUGCCCCUGCGGAGGGCAGCGCCUGCAGGCACCCAGCACCGCUGCCAAUCAUGCCUCCUCAGCAAGGACAGUAGGAAUCUGCAGGGAAUCUGCCCCGAGUGUCCCAGGGCAGGAGAAAAGUGCCUGCCUGCUUGCUGCCAGAGGGACGCAGGGAGCCGGUUUGUAUAUUCUGUGUUCAUCAGCCCAGCACUUAACAUCCAAAGACCAAAUCUCACUUCAAGACGUAGGGAAAACCCUAACUGUAAAGUUUAGCCCUUUUAUUAAACACAAUGCCCUUUGCAGCUACUCUGCCAAGACCACUCAAUCCUGCAAGUUCUGCUGCGGGAGUCUGUAGCUACUCCCUAACGUGCUAAGAGCCAGAAAAAUGCUUUGGGAGGGGAGGGAGGUUUUAGGGAUGCUAUUAAAGUUUUCAGUGAUUCCACGUAACGACAGGA